AUGGGGUUAUUACCUCCAACUCAAGAAGAUUUGAAGGAGCUGAUUCAGUUUAGAUAUGUUAUGCCACUCCUGUUGAACAAAAAAAUGAGCACACCGUUGUUCCAUGAUUUUAAAAAGCAAGCUUCUUUCUUCCUCAAGCAAAAAUUCAAGACUGCUAGGUUAGCUCUCACUAAUGUUACCCCUGCAGAAUUGAUGACAGAAGAAGUUACCAAAGGAAAUUCAUUGGUCCCAGAUUCCCCGACACUGAGAUCAAUUUCAAGGGCUGCUUUUGAGCUUGAAGAUUAUUGGAGGAUUGUAGAGAUUCUACACAAAAGACUCUUCAAAUUUGACAAGAAUAAUUGGAGGGCAUCUUACAAUUCUCUGAUUGUGGUGGAGCACCUGUUGACUCAUGGACCAGAAAGUGUUGCAGAGGAAUUUCAGAGUGACAAAGAUGUAAUUAACCAGAUGAAAGGCUUUCAGUUUACUGAUGACACUGGGUUCAAUUGGGGUCUAACUGUUAGAAAGAAAUCAGAACGGAUUUUGAAACUGCUGGAAGAUGGAAGUCUCCUUAAGGAAGAAAGAGACCGUGCUCGGAGGUUGUCCAGAGGAAUUCAAGGUUUUGGAAGUUUCAGCCAACGGUCAACUCAAGCACAACGAGUUAUGCAUGAAAAAUCAUUGCCAGCCACGUUUGACCGCUCUAACUCUGACGUCAACAGCAAUGACAAUCAGGAAAACCAGUCUUUUGGCUCAAACCAUUUUCUGGACACAGCAGUAGUUAAAUAUUCUUGUACUAGUCAUGAGGGAGGAAUUUUCGACUCUCAAGAUGAUCGUGUAGAGCCUGAGAGCCACUCGGAUGAUCAGGGAAACACUCAAAUGCAUCAGAACUCUGAAACAAGCUCUGCAGAAAUCAUGACACCUAGCAAGGAGGAAUUCCAUCUAUGGAACUUGAAAGGGGAAUCCAAUCCACUCUUGGAUGGUAGCCAAGAGAAUGAAUCCAGACUUGGGAUAUUCACAGCCGAAGAUGAUCACCCCUUUAACUUCACAGAAAUGCAUUCCACUUCUUCCCUUCUUUCUUCCAGAUGA